GCGCGGCGGCAGGACCAUGGGCACUUUGCGGGAUUUACAGUACGCGCUGCAGGAGAAGAUCGAGGAGCUGCGGCAGCGGGAUGCGCUCAUCGACGAGCUGGAGCUGGAGUUGGACCAGAAGGACGAACUGAUCCAGAAGCUGCAGAACGAGCUGGACAAGUACCGCUCGGUGAUCCGGCCCGCCACGCAGCAGGCGCAGCAGCAAAGCGCCGGCACCUUGCAGGGCGAGCAGCGGACCAAGCGCCAGGCGAUCUCGGCCGAGCCCACGGCUUUCGACAUCCAGGAUCUCAGCCACGUCACCCUCCCCUUCUACCCCAAGAGCCCGCAGUCCAAGGAGCUAAUAAAGGAAGCAAUCCUUGACAAUGACUUCAUGAAGAACCUGGAAUUGUCCCAGAUCCAGGAGAUUGUGGAUUGUAUGUACCCUGUGGAGUAUGGCAAGGACAGCUGCAUCAUCAAGGAGGGAGAUGUGGGUUCCCUGGUCUACGUCAUGGAAGAUGGGAAGGUUGAAGUGACAAAAGAGGGAGUGAAGCUCUGCACCAUGGGACCUGGCAAAGUUUUUGGGGAGUUAGCCAUCCUCUACAACUGCACCCGGACAGCUACUGUCAAAACUCUCGUAAAUGUGAAACUUUGGGCUAUUGAUCGGCAAUGUUUUCAAACAAUAAUGAUGAGGACUGGCCUCAUCAAGCAUACUGAGUAUAUGGAAUUUUUGAAAAGCGUUCCCACAUUCCAGAGCCUUCCCGAGGAGAUCCUCAGUAAGCUUGCAGAUGUCCUGGAAGAGACUCACUACGAGAGCGGAGAGUACAUCAUCCGCCAAGGGGCUCGAGGGGACACCUUCUUUAUCAUCAGCAAAGGAAAGGUGAAUGUCACCAGGGAGGACUCUCCCAGUGAAGAUCCCGUCUUCCUGCGCACUCUGGGCAAGGGGGACUGGUUUGGAGAAAAAGCCCUCCAAGGGGAGGAUGUCAGGACAGCCAACGUCAUCGCAGCUGAAGCGGUCACUUGUCUGGUCAUAGACAGAGACUCCUUCAAGCACCUGAUCGGGGGCCUGGACGAUGUCUCCAACAAAGCCUAUGAGGAUGCAGAAGCAAAAGCAAAAUAUGAAGCCGAAGCUGCCUUCUUUGCCAACCUGAAACUGUCGGAUUUCAACAUCAUCGACACCCUGGGAGUCGGAGGCUUCGGGAGAGUGGAGCUGGUGCAGCUGAAGAGCGAGGAGGCCAAGACGUUUGCCAUGAAGAUCCUGAAGAAGCGGCACAUCGUGGACACGCGGCAGCAGGAGCACAUCCGCUCCGAGAAGCAGAUCAUGCAGAGCGCCCACUCCGACUUCAUCGUCAGGCUCUACAGGACGUUCAAGGACAGCAAGUACCUGUACAUGCUGAUGGAGGCCUGCCUGGGGGGGGAGCUCUGGACAAUUCUCAGGGACAGGGGUUCAUUCGAGGAUUCCACCACCAGGUUCUACACGGCGUGCGUGGUGGAAGCAUUUGCCUACUUGCAUUCCAAAGGGAUCAUUUAUAGGGACCUCAAGCCAGAGAACCUCAUUCUGGAUCACCGAGGUUAUGCCAAGCUGGUCGAUUUUGGCUUUGCAAAGAAAAUAGGAUUUGGAAAGAAAACAUGGACUUUUUGUGGCACCCCGGAGUACGUAGCCCCCGAGAUCAUCCUGAACAAAGGUCAUGACAUUUCAGCAGACUACUGGUCCCUGGGAAUCCUGAUGUAUGAGCUCCUGACUGGCAGUCCCCCUUUCUCAGGCCCAGACCCCAUGAAGACCUAUAACAUCAUAUUAAGGGGAAUAGACAUGAUUGAAUUUCCAAAGAAGAUUGCCAAAAAUGCUGCUAACUUAAUUAAAAAACUAUGCAGGGACAAUCCAUCAGAAAGAUUAGGGAACUUGAAAAAUGGAGUGAAAGAUAUCCAAAAGCACAAAUGGUUUGAAGGCUUUAACUGGGAAGGGUUACGGAAAGGGACACUGACACCUCCCAUAAUCCCAAGUGUCGCGUCUCCCACGGACACGAGCAACUUUGACAGCUUCCCAGAGGACAGUGACGAGCCACCCCCUGACGACAACUCAGGAUGGGACAUAGAUUUUUAAUGUUCUUUCUCUUACCUGCUUCUGCCUUGCUGAGGACAGCUUUUCCUGGGACGUGGCUGCCAGCGGAACGGGAAGACCGGAACGGGGGAGGAUUCGUGCUCGGGGUCACCACGAUGCCUUGAUUGAUGCUGCUCCAGUAACUCCAGUGGCAUUAGGACUUCUUGCUUAGUGACAAUAGUGCUCUCCAUGUUUUCUGUUGGAACGUGACCUGGCUUGGGCACGGUGGUCCUGGCACAGAGCCUUGCUCCGGCACAGAACUCCUCUUCUGUGGCCACAGAGAUCCUGGCCCACUCUUGAUUUGCAGAGUGACAGAUCCGUAGAGUAAGAGGCACUUAAAUUCCAGCUGCUUUUUUCCCUAGGAUCAGUAGUAACUUAUGAAGUGCUGCAGCUACUCCAGUGCAGGAUUUGGGCUAUUCCCACCCUCCGAGCUCUGCAGGGCAGCGCUGGAGCCCAGGAGGAGCACGGGCAAAGCGCUCCCGUCACAGCAGCGGGGAAUGUGUCCUUUUCCUUCCCUAGCAGUAUUCCUGAUGAGACUGAAUGUUCCCUUCCCUCUUUGUUUUGGAAACAUUUUAGCUCAGCCUGGUCAAACAAAAGCACAACUGCUGCAGAUGCUGUCGAGGCAGAGGUUGGGUCGCUUCCCUCACGUGGCAGCACCACCUUUGGGCUUCAGUUCUCCUUUCCCUUGGUACCAACACGUGCACGGAAAGAGAAAAUCAUGGAAUGAAUCCAUUGUGCAUCCACUGAUCUGUUCUGCAUCUGUUGAUCCACUGUACAUCCACUGAUCUGUUCUACAUCUAUUGAUCCAUUGUACAUCCAUUGAUCCAUUUCACAUCCAUUGAUCCAUUUCACAGCACUCCAGUCACAGCCCUCAACAAAGCAGCAGCAGCCCACCGGUCUGAUUAGGUAUAAAAUUAAGGAUAAAUUGGAUAAAUUAAGGAUAAAUUGGAGCCUUUUUUGGGCUCAAAGGGAAAAACAUGAGACCUGUGAUGUCCUCUCGAGGUGCUACAUCCAUCCCUCACCUGGGAAGAAGCCUGUCCCUGACCCUUCCUGUCAGGAAUAUGUAGCAGAGGCUCCGUUCUCCCUUUUGGUGAUUCCAUGUCUGCAUCUCUUCCAUGUUUAAAGAAUCCCCUUAAAAUAGAAAUCCUGGCUCUGGUGGAACACUGCCAGUAAUCCUGGUGCCUCUCCAGGCUAAGGAGCUCCACAGGAAAGUCAGUGGAAUUCCAUGGGAAGUGAAUGUUGGAAGAUCCCUUUGAGCUCUCCAGCAUGCCAGGUCCAUGUGACUGUGUUUAACACAGGGAUGGCCAAAUCCAUAUGGAAAAAAGAACUAGGGAAAACAAUAUCAUCAGGACAUGCUUUUCCCUCACUUCUACUGCUUUUCCUUUGCUUGAAUUGCCUCCUCUGGUUUAUAGGAUGCAGCAGAGGCAUCCUGUCCUGAGUGCCCAUUUGUUUCAUACACACAGGACUGGAAGUUUAUCCCAUUAUCCAGCAGGAAACAUCAGCUUUGGGUCUCUCUGAGAGACCUGCCCCCCCCAAAAAAAA